GGCCCCGCCCCGGCCCCCUGCAACUCGACCCCAGCUUCGACCCCCAGCUCUGACGUCUUGGAAAAUUCCCCCCUGCACAGGCCCCCAGGGGAGGGGGGUACAUGGUAUGAAAUGGGGCUGAGACCCCCAGCUGGAGGCAGAGGGACCCGCCAAAGAACAUUCACAACAAGCAUCCAUGGACUUGUGGAGCUGGGAUGAAGCAUCACCACAGGAAGUGCCCCCAGGGAACAGGCUGUCAGGGCUGGAAGGAGCUGAGUUCGGCUUCUAUUUCCCUGAACUGGAGCACCAAGGGGACACGCUGACAGAGGAGACAUGCUGGAAAGGUCCCAUUCAGCUGUGGCAGUUCCUCCUGGAGCUACUCCAAGACGGGGCGCAUAACAGCUUCAUCCGCUGGACGGGCAAUAGCCGCGAGUUCCAGCUGUGCGACCCCAAAGAGGUGGCGCGGCUGUGGGGAGAGCGCAAGAGGAAACCUGGCAUGAAUUACGAGAAGUUGAGCCGAGGCCUGCGCUACUACUAUCGCCGAGACAUCGUGCGCAAGAGCGGUGGGCGCAAGUACACGUACCGCUUCGGAGACUGUGUGCCUGACCUAGCUUAUGCUGACCGAGAGGUGGGAGGACAGGGAACAGCGACCCAAUAAAAAUACCCGUGAAAGCUCA